AUGGGUUGUGGAAAUACUACUAGUACUGGUACCAAAGACGGUGUCACAGAGAAAGCAAGGGUCACCUUUGUUCUUGGAGGCCCUGGAUGUGGAAAAGGGACUCAAUGCAGUCUCAUGGUUGAGAGAGAUGACUUUGUUCAUCUGUCAGCUGGUGACCUUCUCAGAGAAGAACAAGCGACUGACUCUAAAGACUCUAAAUUAAUCAAGGAUUACAUUAAGGAGGGCAAAAUAGUGCCUGUGGAAAUUACUUGUAACCUUAUCUUAAAGGCAAUGCAGAAGAAGGGAAUGUCCAAGAAGUUCCUCAUAGAUGGAUUCCCAAGAAACGAAGACAACCUGCAAGGUUGGAACAAGGUCAUGAACAAGCAUGCUAAUGUUGUCCAAGUUGUCUUCUUCGAACUCUCUGAGGAUAUCAUGCUUGAAAGAAUCAUGAAGAGAGCUGAGACUAGUGGCAGAGCUGACGAUAACAAGGAAGCAGCAGAGAAGAGAUUCAAUACCUUUAAAAAUGAGACGAUGAAAGUCAUAAAACAUUUUGAAGGCAAGAAGAUGGUACAUAAGGUCGAUGCUACAGGAGGUAUUGAAGACGUGUACGAAAAUUUAAAGGAUGGGCUUAUUGUUUAA